AGUGCAGACUUCGUAGCCGACGAUGGAGUCGACGUAUUUGAGUGACCCAAAGUAUCGCGCCUUUCUGUCAAGCGUUGAGAAAGCCGUGAAAACGUUCGAGACGACCAGCGAGUGGGCAGAUCUCAUUUCCUGUCUCACUAAACUCAACAAGGUACUCCAGACGUCCAUGCAGUUUGUAUUUCUACCGAAGAAAGUGACGAUCACAAAGCGUCUCGCUCAGUGUCUCCACCCUGCCCUUCCAAGCGGAGUACACAUCAAGGCACUGGAGACAUACGAUUUAAUACUCAAUCGAAUCGGAACAAAUGGCCUUGCUCAGGACCUCUUCCUGUUUACUUCCGGUUUAUUUCCGUUAUUGGCGCACGCGUCGAUUGCGGUGAAGCCUUCCUUAUUAGAUUUAUACGAAACACAUUUCGUUGAGUUGGGUAAAGAGUUGAUUCCUUGUCUGCGAGGCUUCGUCCUUGCACUGCUUCCUGGACUAGAAGAAGGAUCAGAAUUGUUUGAAAGGCGAGACUUGCUGUCACAUCAAAAAUUAAAAAUUAAAUAUAAAAAAAUAAAAAUUUUUAAAUUUAAAAUUUAAAAUAAAAUUAAAUAAAAAAUUAAACAAAUAAAUAAAAAUAAAAUUAAAUAAAAAUUAAAUAAAAAUUAAAUAAAAAAUUAAAAAUAGAAUAAAAAUUAAAACUUUAAAAAUUAAAUAAAAAUUAAUUUAAAAAUUAAAAAUAUAUACACACACAGUGACAGACGCACAUACACACAGUGACACAUACACACAAACAC